AUGUCGGCCGCCGCGCGCAGACGCCAGGCAGCCGGGGCGCCGCGAGAAGCCCCCGCUGGCGGAGAUGAGGAGCCGGGCAUGGCGGCCCCGAGCCUCAGCGUCUGCCUCAAGCUGCUGGCGGCGGCGCUCUACGGGUUCAGCUCCUUCCUCAUCGUGGUGGUGAACAAGAGCGUCCUCACCAGCUACGGAUUUCCCUCCUCACUAUGUGUUGGACUAGGCCAGAUGCUGGCCACGGUGACUGUGCUUUGGGUGGGAAAGGCGCUCAGGGUGGUGAAGUUUCCAGACUUUGACAGAAAUAUACCUCGAAAGACGUUUCCACUACCUCUUCUAUAUUUUGGGAACCAAAUCACAGGACUCUUCAGCACAAAGAAACUGAACUUGCCAAUGUUCACGGUUCUGAGAAGGUUUUCUAUUCUGUUUACAAUGUUUGCUGAAGGAAUUUUACUCAAGAAGAAAUUUUCUUGGGGCAUUCAAAUGACAGUGUUUGCAAUGAUAAUUGGUGCAUUUGUAGCUGCUAGUGCUGACUUGGCAUUUGAUCUAGAAGGAUAUAUUUUUAUCCUGAUUAAUGAUGUCUUGACAGCUGCAAAUGGUGCAUAUGUAAAACAGAAACUGGAUUCAAAGGAGCUGGGAAAGUAUGGUCUGCUUUAUUACAAUGCACUGUUUAUGAUUCUUCCCACCUUGGCCAUAGCCUAUUUCACAGGAGAUGCGCAAAAGGCAAUGGAAUAUAAAGGCUGGGCAGAUACACUCUUCGUUAUACAGUUUACACUCUCAUGUGUAAUGGGGUUUAUUUUGAUGUACUCCACAGUUCUUUGCACUCAGUAUAAUUCUGCUCUUACAACUACAAUAGUUGGCUGUAUUAAGAAUAUAUUAAUAACCUAUAUCGGAAUGUUUUUUGGAGGAGACUAUAUUUUCACAUGGACAAACUUCAUUGGGUUAAAUAUCAGUAUUGCUGGAAGCCUGGUGUAUUCUUACAUCACUUUUACAGAAGAGCAGUUGAACAAGCAGUCUGAAGCUACUAUCAAGAUGGAUAUUAAAGGAAAAAGCUCAGUAUGA